AGAAACUCUGACUAGCUUAUAUGUGAAAAACUGAAAAUGGAUUGUAUGUGUAUGUAUGUUCACCGCCUCUACCACCGCCACGACGAGUAACAUUUCCACAGAAUUUUCACCGCUAAAUUCUCCCAUGCCAUCGAAUGCUCAACUCUUUCACCACCCUCCGCCGCCACUACCCAAAUCUUCUCUCUUCUCUUCACCACCUCUCCACCAAAACAUUAACAACAAACACUUCUUCCCUUUCAAACAAUACACCCCCCAAUUCUUCUCUCAAACCCCACCUUCUAGAACUUUCCACUGUUAUCCCCGAAAUCACGCGCCAAUUUUGGAGAGUUCCAAUUUUGAAACCCCAACAUGUUCUUCAAAUUUUACUUGGUUUUCAAUCUGAGUGUACAAAAGUUGGUAUUCGCGUCAAAAAGGUUCAAUCUUUGUAUGAAAUUUUCAAAUGGGGUGUUGAAAAAAAUGACCCCCAUUUUCUGAAAUCUUAUGAGGUUAUGUCAUUGCUUCUUGUUCAUGUUGGGUUGUUUUCAGAAGCUGAGAAUUUGAUUACUUCAUUAGAGGGUCAAGGAGUUUCUUUCGGUGAAUUUGGUAAUGAGAUUUUUGAUAAAUUAAUUGAAGGCUAUGUUUGUGCGAAGGAAUUGGAAAAAGCAGUUUUUAUGUAUGACGGUAUGAAGGAACGAGGAAUGGUUCCUUCGAGCUUGUGUUAUCGGGUUUUGGUUGAUUACUUGGUGAAGAUGAAGAGAACACAGAUUGCGUUUCGUGUGGCGUUUGAUUUGGUGGAUUUGGGUGAAAAUUUGAGUGGUGAUGAGAUGAAUAAUGUGGAGGAUGUUAUGGUUUUGCUUUGCAUUGAUGGGAAGAUUCAGGAAGCCAGAAGCUUGAUUCGGAAAGUUUUGCAUUUGAAAAACUAUGAGGUUAGUAGCUUUGUUUUUGAUGAAAUUGCAUUUGGAUAUUGUGAGAAGAAGGAUUUUAAAGAUUUGAUUAGUUUCUUUGUUGAAGUAAAUUGUGCUCCUAGUGUAAUAGCUGGUAAUAGAGUUAUGAAUUCUAUGUGCAAAAGCUAUGGUGUAGAAAGAGCAAGUUUGUUUUUGAAGGAACUAGAAAGUGUAGGUUUUAGUCCUAAUGAAGUAACCUAUGGAAUAUUAAUUGGUUGGAGUUGUCAUGAAGGGAAAAUGAGAAAUGCAUUGAGUUAUUUAUCGGUCAUGUUAUCGAAAAACUUUGUGCCGUGUUUAUGUACUUAUAAUGCUCUUAUAAGUGGGUUGUUUAAAGUAGGUAUGUUAGAGCAUGCUAGGGAAAUUCUUGAUGAGAUGAUUGAUAGAGGAACAACACCCGACAUUUCGAGUUUUAGGGUUCUUAUAGCAGGGUAUUGUAAGUCUGGACGGUUUGAUAAAGUGAAAAGUUUGGUUGGUGAGAUGGAGAGCCUUGGUUUGGUUAAACUUUCUUCGAUAGAGAGUCCACUUUCCAAGGCAUUUCAGAUUUUGGGCUUGAACCCUUUGAGCGUGAGGUUGAAACGAGACAAUGACAAGAAACUUUUCAAAGCAGAGUUCUUUGACGAAAUGGGAAAUGCACUUUAUUUGGAUACUGAUGUUGACGAGUUUGAGAAUCAUGUUACUUCGGUUCUUGAAGAAUCCAUAUUACCAAACUUCAAUUCUUCUGUCAGAAAGGAAUGCAACAGUAAUAACCUAAAACAUGCAUUGACUUUGGUUGAAGAAAUGCUUUGUUGGGGCCAAGAAUUGCUUAUGCCCGAAUUAUUGAAGUUAGUGAGACAACUCUGUUCGUCGCGAUCACAAAUCACAUCAGUGAUCAGACUUUUGGAGAAAAUGCCACGGUCUGCACGUGAACUUGAUGAGGAAACCCUCAAUUUGAUUGUACGGGCAUACAGCAAGAAGGGUUUACUGUGCCGAGCAAAAUCUUUACUCGAUGAAAUGCUUCAAAACAAAUUUCAUAUUGAAAAUGAGACAUUUACCUCGUUACUCAUACCUUUAUGUAAGAAAGGAAACAUGAUGGACUUUAAUUAUUACUGGAACAUUGCUUGUAGAAGUAAAUGGUCACCAAAGUUGGAGGAAUUUAAACAUCUUCUUGGUCAUAUCUGCCAUUGGAAAAUUCUUCCUGAAGCAUUACAGCUUCUUGAAAUCAUGAUUUUAUCAUACCCUCACCUAAGGUUAGAUAUAUAUCAUAUAUUUCUAGAAGUACUUUCUGCUAACGGUCUUACAGAAACUGUGCUUGUAGUUUUAAAACAACUACAACAUUGUUCAUUCUUGGAUCAUGCUGGUUAUAACAAUCUUAUAAGGGGUUUAUGUAAUGAGGGUAAAUUUUCUCUAGCUUUUACAAUAUUGGAGGAUAUGCUGGAUAGAAAUUUGACACCUUGUUUGGAUGUUUCAGUUUUAUUAAUCCCUCAAUUAUGCAAGGCUCAAAGAUAUGACAAAGCUAUUGCAUUAGAAGAGAUCAUUUUGAAAGAACAGCCUUCAUUUCCUCAUGCUGCUUAUCAUGCACUUAUAUGCGGAUUUUGCAAUACAGGGAACAUUGAGAAAGCGGACUCUCUGUUCCGAGAUAUGUUAUCUAAAGGAUUAAGUUUCGAUGAUAAUCUGUGUAACAUGCUCAUUCAGGGCUACUGCAAAGCUAAUGACUUGAGAAAAGUGGGAGAGCUACUUGGUGUUGCAAUAAGAAAGAGUUAUGAGCUGUCGCUCUCAAGUUACAGGAACUUGGUGCGAUCGAUGUGUAUGAAAGGUAGAGCCGCGUUCGCUCUGAACUUAAAGAAUCUUAUGCUCGCACAAUGUCAAUUUGAUGACGUUAUCAUAUAUAACAUUCUUAUUUUCUAUCUUUUGUCAAGUGGAAACCGUUUGGAUGUUAAGAAGAUACUAACUGAAAUGGAAGAGAAGAAAGUUAUACUUGACGAAGUUGGUCAAAACUUUCUUGUCUAUGGUUUCUUGCAAUGUAAAGAUUUAUCCGGUUCUUUGCAUUAUCUUACUACCAUGAUUUCAAAGGGACUCAAACCGAGUAACCGUAGCUUAAGGAAGGUAAUCAAUAGUCUGUGUGAUGUUGGGGAGCUACAAAAAGCCUUGGGACUGAGUCGAGAAAUGGGAUUAAGACAAUGGACACAUGAUUCUGUCAUCCAAACAACUAUUGCCGAAAGCCUUCUUUCCUGUGGUCUGGUAAAAGAAGCAGAAAGUUUUUUGGACAGGGUGGAAGAUGAAUCUCUAACUCCUGAUAAUAUCAAUUACGAUUACCUGAUUAAGCGUUUUUGCCAGUACGGAAGAUUGAAGAAAUCAGUUCAUCUUAUGAACAUAAUGCUAAAGAAAUCCAACAUUCCGAUUUCAACCAGCUAUGAUUUUCUCAUUCAUGGACUGUGUGCACAAAAUGAGUUAGACAUAGCUUCAGAUUUUUAUUCUGAGAUGCUAAACUGGAAUCUCAAACCAAGAAUCAGUACCCUGGAAAUGCUUGUGUUUAGCUUCUGUGAACGUCAGAGGACAGAACAAGCAGAACAAUUCCUAGUGGACAUGAUUCGCGGAGGUGCAACUCCAACCAGAAAAAUGUAUUGCACUGUAAUUAAAAGUUAUCACACAGAAAAUAAUCUUCGGAAGGCGUCAGAGCUCGUGCAAGCCAUGCAGGAAAAGGGCUACCAGCCUGACUUUGAUAUACAUUGGUCUCUCGUAAGCAACUUAAGCAAUGCCAAAGAAAAGGACACUACUGAUAAUGGUAGCAAGGGAUUUUUAUCAAGGCUUCUUUCUAAAACAGGCUUUCUUCGAAAGAGAUAAUGUCUAAGGUAUUUUGUAGAGUAUGCAAGGUGAAGCUAAAGGCCACUAGCAUUUCAUGUUACAUUCAUCUUCUUCAUUAUUGAUGAUCCUCCUGCUCAAAUGGUAUCGACUUUAGAAUCUUGCAUCUUCGAUUUCUGCAUUCAUCAAAUGGUAUCGACUUUAGAAUCUUGCACCUUCGAUUUCUGCAUUCAAUUUGCAAGUCUAACAUUAUCCUUGUCAAGAACUGAGAAGUUGGUUCUAAGAAACAGUAUGAUCGCCAUCUGUGCGCAUUAGCAACGUGAUAUCAAUCAAUGGAAUUGCAAAAAAUCCGAAUUUUCAUUCA